AUGAAGAAACUGAGUCAUACUGCUGAAGAUAUUAAUGUGGGAUGUUUGAAGCAGGUUGGCUUUAGACCGGCUGGAAGUCACGAGAAAAUGAAAACAUUUUUAGAUUGGCACGAAGGAGGUAGCUUCAACGGCGCUUGUUAUUGUUCUGGCAUUCUGUCGAAAUAUUUCUUAGGUUGUUUGACUUGUCCUGAGGAUGCGCACACUGUUACGGAAAUUAAGAGUUUGUCAGAAAAGAUUGGUUACAAAAACUAUUUAUUAAAACCUAUUCUUUGUAUUGUCGAUUUUCUUUUAUUAUCAGAGGAUCAUUCAAAGCUGGUGAAAGGGACAUUGGAUUUGCAGAGGGUACAGUAUUCUUUACCGAUUGGACAAAUUCUAGAAGAUGAACUUGAAAAGAAGAUGAAACAGGAGCGUAAAAUAUAUAUUGGACAACGCAGUUAG